GUUUAGACAGAAGUGAAAUCAGAUGCUGGGCAAAAGAAGAUGAACCGUGGUGCUAAAGAACUACAAGGAGGGGAAGAAGAUAAAAUGAAGAAAACUAUGAGGGCUGAAGGGCGUGGGGAAAUCAGAGAGGAUGUUCACGUCUUCAUCCAGAAACUCUCUGUUCUCGCCCUGGUCGUCCAUGGAGCAGUCGGACUCUGAAGCGUUGGACAUCAGCACCAAGGUGCAGCUGCACGGGGUGCUGUGGAAGAGACCCUUCGGACGGCCGUCAGCCAAGUGGUCCCGCAGGUUCUUCAUCAUCAAGGACAGUUUUCUACUUUAUUAUGCUGAGAGCGAGAAGAGGAACUUUGAGACCAACAGAUACUUCAACAUCCACCCGAAGGGAGUCAUUCCUUUAGAAGGAUGUGUGGUAUCAGCCAAUGAAAACCUGGGCAUGCCAUUUGCCAUCGUGGUCAACCUGGACGACUUCACAGGUACCAUCGUCCUGGCUGCAGAGUCUGAGGAGGAGCAGGUCCAGUGGAUGGAGAUGCUGCACGAGUCUGGGAAAGUAACGUGGAAGAACGCUCAGCUGGGCGAGGCCAUGAUCGAGAGUCUGGAAGCUCAGGGGCUGCAGCUGGCCAAAGAGAAGCAGGAGUACCUGGACAAACUGAUGGAGGAGACGGAGGAGCUGAGUCACCAGAGAGCACAGAAAGAGGAGCUGGAGCGUCUGAAUCAGGUUCUGGAGGAGGAGAAGAUGAAGUUUGAGGAGGUGGUACUGGAGCUGAAGGCAGAGCAGGAGCAUAUCAAACAAGACCUGGACGGGACGGCUCAGUCGCUCAAAGGUGUGGAGAACGAGAAAAAAGAGCUGAGCAGUUUGACCGUCAAGCUGCAGAAAUCCAUCGAGGAGCUCUCUCAGGAGAAGCAGCGGACUCUGGAGCUGCUGGGAGUGAAGCACAACGAAGAGAAGGAGGUGAACGAGGCGUGCAGAACACCUGAGGACAGUGAGGAUCACGGAGACGUGGACCUGCUGCAGGACCUGAAACACAUUGAGGAGCAGAUGAAGAUCCUCCUGAAGGAGAAGGAGACGGCAGAGGAGAAGCUCAUGGAGAACGAGCAGCGAGCCAAAGUCCUGCAGCAGGAGAGAGAGUUCUACUCGUCUCAGGCUCGGACGCUGCAGCAGUCGCUCUCUCAGCUCACUGCAGACAAACAGCAGACGGAGGCUGAGCUCAAGGCAGAGAUCGAGUCCCGGAUGGAGCUGGAGAAGAGGCUGAAGCAGGCAGAGGAGGCUCUGCAGGAUCUGGAGAAAGGCCUGAACUCUCUGGACAGGAGCAAAGAGAGUGACGAGAAGAUGAAGGGAGACGUCACUCAGCUCAGGAGGUUCUUUGAGGAGUGCAUCUGUGCAGCAGAGAUCGAGGCGAAGCUCCCAGCGAUAAUGAAGAACGCCGUGUAUCUGCACAAAGCUGCUGCUCGAAGAAUCAAGAGCUGCAGGAUCCAAAGGAGAGCCUCCAGACGUCACUGGUUAAAACACUCCAAGUCAUUCGCCGUAGCCCCCGACGGCAACAUGGAGGAGCUGCGAGAGACGGCCAAACGACUGAGCACUGACAGCAACUUCAGAGAGAGCGUGUACAAGAUCAUCACUCGCAAAGACCCCAUGAACAAACUAGAGAACUGAGAGGAGAGAGAUUGAGUCUCCAUCUGUAGAAGAUCCUCUGUGCCUGAUCGUAAGAGCAUCCCCUCAUAUCGUAGGUUUGUUUUAGCUUAUUGACUUCUCUCUGACGAAGCCUGCAGACCAAAACAGCUGUUUAGAUGCACUGAGGCGG